AUGAAUGGAAUAUUAAUUUCAUUUAAUCUGUCUAUUCUCAUUUUGUAGUUUCCGAAGGGUGUAAUGCGUGUGUUUUUCAUAGUUCCGGAUUUAUAUACUUUAUUUUAUUUUAUCGUAGUAUCAGUGAUUACGUAGUGUUAUUACGAAAAUGCAUAUAUGGAAAGCUUUAAAAAUAUAAUGUAACAUAAGUGGUUUGUUGUCUAUCUUUUAUAUGGGCGUUGAUAAUCAUGCAAAAUGGCCAACGAUUGGUGGUCAUGUACCUGUUGUUCUGAGGCUUUGACCUGCUGGCUUCGUCUUAAGCUAUCACCAGAAGAAAUAGAACAGAGAUACAGGAGUAAAGAAAUCGACAGAAUAUUGGAAAAAGAUAAACAAACAUUGCGGCGGCAGGUCAAAUUGUUGCUAUUAGGGGCGGGUGAAAGCGGAAAGUCAACAUUCCUGAAACAGAUGAGGAUAAUACACAAAGUGAAGUUCGAGCCGGAACUUGUGCGGGAAUACCAGCAUGUGAUAUACCAAAAUAUUGUGAGAGGAAUACAAGUGUUGGUAGACGCGAGAGAUAAACUCGCUAUACCGUGGGAAAAUCCUAGGAAUUUAGACGUGGGGCAGCAGGCUUUACAUUUCAAUAGUACAGCAUCGUUGGAUAACAGACUUUUCAUGCAUUAUGCGCCUCAUAUUCAUUCCCUGUGGUUGGAUAGAGCCAUCAAAAGGGCAUACGACAGACGAAGAGAAUUUCAAUUGAGCGACUCAGUGAGUUACUUCUUCGACGACUUGGAACGCAUAGCUCGGCCGGACUACGUGCCAUCCCACCAAGACAUCCUACAUUGCCGGAAGGCUACCAAAGGAAUCUCGGAAUGCACAAUAAACAUUAACAACGUACCGUUCGUAUUCGUGGACGUAGGUGGGCAGAGGACGCAGCGGCAAAAGUGGACGCAAUGUUUCGACUCUGUCACGUCGAUAUUGUUUCUGGUGUCAUCCUCGGAGUUCGACCAAGUUUUGUCAGAAGACAGAAAAACAAAUCGUCUUGAGGAAGCGUUGAACAUCUUCGACACAAUCGUCAACAACGUUAACUUCAGAGGCAUCUCCGUGAUCCUAUUCUUGAACAAGUCUGAUCUGCUUGCGAAGAAAGUCGCCAGCAACGAGACGGAUAUACGCUGGUACUACCCCCAGUUCGCCGGGGACCCGCACAAUUUACGCGACGUACAAAUGUACCUGCUCAAUAUGUUCGCAAAUGUCCGCAGGGAACCAAAGACAACCCUCUACCAUCACUUCACCACGGCCAUAGACACACACAACAUAGAGGUGGUCUUCAACUCAGUCAAAGACACAAUCCUCAAUCGCAACUUAGAAUCUCUUAUGCUGCAGUGACAAAUGCAGCGGUGUUAAUGUUUUUUUAUGAGAUUUUUAUGGGUAUAGUGAAAUUGUGAUAGCCGUACGCAAUUAAUGAUCGUCCAGUUUUCAACUGUAUUGUCAGAACAGCAUAAUAGUUAGCACAUUUGAAAAGACAAGUUGUGAUGGUAGUGGAACGUCGGCCGUUUUGUACCAAACGCUCGUAACGUGACAGACAUUUAAUUAUGUUUGGUAACUUAUGUGUAUAGAUUAUCAUAUUGUAAUGAUAAAAUUUGUAUAUCAAUAUAUUUAUGACCAAAAAGUUAGAUUUUGCACGUGAAAUAUAAUAUAAUGUUAUUAUGAUCACUUUUGGACAACUUUAAGUAUAUAUCUACGUAUGUAGUCGUAUAUAUAUACGCACAGGGGACUGUAAUAAUUAAAUUGUAACACAUAGAUUCGAUUUAUUGCUCGUGUAUAUAUAGUGGGUAUAUAGUGACAUCGAGGGGGAUUACUAGAGUUGUAUAUAGCAUGAUAAGUACAAUGGAUAAGACAUAGAUAUCUAGUUGAAUUCCUCAUGAAUAUACAAUAUACCCGCCCUAUAUACACAUUGGACUGUUUUGUAUACAAUUCAUAAUAUAGCACGUUAUACCUAGUCUAAAUUUAGAAUUGAUUGAAUAAUAAAAUUUCCAGUAUAUAUAUAAAAAAAAAAUAUCCUCGUAGUCGUUGUUGUAAGAUUUUAUUUUCUACAGUUUAAUGGAUUAAUAAUUGGUUCUUUAUAUUACAGUGCCAAUUUCGUUACUACACGGCCAUUAGAUUAAUUGAUUUUUUAUAUUAAUAUCAAUUAGAUAAGUCACAAAUUUGCUCUAAUAGGGUGCCACGAAGCGGGGAACAUGGUCAUGUUCUUUGAUUAUGGGAAGACUUUUUGAUACGAUAUCUCCCUACUGGGAAUAAAAAUGUACAUAGAAUCGAGAAUUCGACUACACUGUGAUUAAAUUUUGUAAAUCGUGUUAGGCUGUAAACAGCAACGAAAACUUUAUAUUUGUCACUGUUUUAUGAAACAAUGGUGACGUUUUGACGAACAUGUAACCGCUCAAACGUUUUUGAAUUUUUUGAUAAUUACAAUAGAAUACUUUUUACAAUGCCGUUCAGGUUUUUACGAUUCGUUUUGCGAUAGUACACUUACGAUGUAUUCCGUCCCUUGCACAGUUGAACGCUCGUAGUCUCACUAGCAUCUACUUGUAUGACUGUAUCUCGUACUAUGGGCACAAAGUUGUUUUUUUUAAUACUUAUGUAAAUGUGAAGUGAUCCUAUAUUGUUUACGGGUCGGGUGAUUUAUGAUCUGAUUUGGAAAUUUUAUUUUAUUUUUAUAUGAAAGCAUAAUUUUCGAUCAUAAUAAUUUAAUGUUUAAGUCGUAAGCUUUAGUGUAUUUAUUUGGAUAAUUAGAUUAUUAAUGAUUAUUUUAAAUGAUGUCUCUAUUUAUUCAUUUGUAAAUUUUUUAUAUUAUAUGGAUUACGGCUAUGUGUAAAUACCUCCUAAUUUUACAGUUGUAUUAGCUUUUAUCCGCGGAGUACGUCGCAUUUUCCUAAUUGAUUCUUAUUAUUUUUUCGCCUGAAAACAUACGUUAUUUUAAUAGAAUUUUGAUUUAUUAUUCUAUACGACCGAUAUUAUUAAAUUGUAUGUAAAUACGCCAUCUAUUGUCUCUCAUUUGUUUGUUUUCAACUGAAUAAUAUCAAGGCCUGGUGGACGGGUUCUACAGGAGUGAUAAAAUGCAUUUAGUAGUGCCAUUGUGUGGUGAGAAAUUUGUUGCCACAAAAACUUAUUCCAGCUGAAAAUCCGAGCUGAACCGUGAAACUGUUUCAAGUUAUACUGAUUCGAAUACAAUGGUUUGUUUUGUUUUAACCAGUAUUUUUAUUUUUUAAUAAUUAUUUGGCUAUUAUUUUGGUAAGUUCUAAAUACAUAGGUUAAACCUAAUUUUUACCUAAUGUAAACCAAUUUAAAAGGCGUCACAAAGAAAAAAAAUUUUACUAAUUAACCAACCACUAGAAAAUGAUUUUUUAAAAUAUAAUUUCGUGUUUGUAUCAAAUAGCUGUCUGUAGAGACAAAAUGCUACAAGAAGUUACACGAAUAAUAUUGGUUAAGUGUUCGAACAAAUAUUCUGCUCACUUCUGUAAGAUAGAAAAUAGAAAGUAGACAUUUUUAAUACACUC